AUGAAUCUUGUAUCUCGUAUUAUUCCCGGAGCAUUAAAUAAUGCAAAUAAAGAUGCUAUCGAUUGGAAUUCUCAUGGUCUUCUAGCAUAUGGAUGUCAAUCAUGUAUUGUUAUACUUGAUCCACAAUCAUUUCGAGUUCUUCAAUGUAUGGAAAAAUAUCAUGAACCAAUUGUUAAAGUUAAAUGGGCUCCAGAUAAUUUUUAUCAUAGUAUAGACGAUCCAUAUAAUCUUAAACUAGCAAGUGCUGAUAUAACGGGAAAUAUUCUUAUUUGGGAUGUUUAUAAAUCUUCAGUACAAUCUGAAUUUCGUGAUGGAAAUAAAACAGUAUCUGAUAUGAUAUGGUAUUUAUCUGAUAGUAAUUCUCAACUUUUAAUUGUAAUUCAUUCACCUAAUAUUGUCACAUUAUGGAAUACACAAACCGGGACAAAACUUUGGCGUAUUGUUUAUGAUCAUGAACGACAACGAGAGACAGAAGCAUUUUUACAAAUUAUUCAAGAUCCAUUUAAUCAUCAACGAGCGAUAUUGCUUGGUCAAUCAAGUUUAACAUUUAUUGAAGAUUUUUCACCAGUAAAUACACCCAGUGGUCAAUCUCGAAGAUUUUAUAUAUCAAAUACACAGAAUAAUAAUAAACCAAAUCCUCCAACUAAUCAUUCAAAACGUACACCAUUAACUACAUCUAUAACUUCAACAAGUACUCAAUUAACAGCACGUCUUAAAACAAUUAUUGAAGGAGGUGGUGACCAUAACAAACAAGAUGAUCAAGCAUCAUCAGCUGUUGUUAGUUUAAAUGAUUGUAUACAAAUAUUAUUUCAUCCCAUACAUCGUCAUUUAAUAUUAAUUGUUUAUCCACGUGAAAUAUUAAUAUUUGAUUUACAAAUUUUACAAACCGUUGGAACUAUUUUAUGUGAAAAAAAUUCAGCAGCAUUUUAUAAAAUUUACGGAUGUUGUCGACGUGACGCAUUUAUAUGUUUUCAUGAAAGUGGAACAAUUAGUGUACGUAAUAGACAUUUAGAAAAUAGUACAAUUACGGCACUACAAUCUCCAAAUUGUUCAUUAAAUGAUUUUGUCAUUGAUUUAACUUACGAUCUUGUAUAUUAUUCGGAUCCAUUUCGUUUAGUAAAAAAUACACGUAUUUGUUCAUUUUGUGUUUCACCAAAAGAUGAAACAGCUAUAAGUGUUAUUCUUACGGAUGGAAAAGUUUUAUUUUGGAAUAUUGAUUCAAAAGAUUUAUCUAUACCAUCGAAUAUUGAAAUAAAUAAUGAAGGAAAUAAUGGAAAUCGUAUUCCAUUAGGUGGAGUUAUGUUUACUCCUCCACCUGCACCUUAUACAAUACAAAUGUGUCCACCAAUGACCGCAAAAAAUUAUAAAGACUGGAAACCAUUAUUAGCUCUUGGUUGUACUAAUGGAGAUAUAGUUGUUUAUAAUCUUCAUGAUGGAACGAUUCAACGACAAUUAGCUGUUCAUUCAUGUACCGUUCGUGGAGUAGUAUGGUUAUCAUCUCAAAUGCUUCUUUCUUGGGCAUAUCAAACGCCUAGUGAUGGUCGUUUAUCAGUACGAAAUGAAAUAUUUAUGAUUCAUAUUCAAUCAGGAAGACAAGAACCAUUUCGAUCUGAAAUAAAUCAUGAUGAAUCUCCGAUUGAUAGUUUUAAAGUUUCUCAUACAAGGAAUUAUUUAAUUAUUCUUUUUCGUGAUCAGCCAUUUGAAUUAUGGGAUCUUAAAACAUUUACAUUAAUUCGACGAUUACCAAAAAAAUGUCCAAGAAUUUUAGCUUUGGAUUGGUCACCAAAUGUUUUAGUUAUGAAAAAAGCACUCGGAGAAUUGCAAUCACCAACGAAAUUAAAUAGUAGUACUGAAUCGGAACAAGACCUUAAUCGACCUUUAAAUGAACCUGAAACGAGCCCAACUGAUCAUGAAAAAAAAUCUUCACGAGAAAAUUUUAUAUUUACAGAUGAAUAUAAUUUAUUAUAUCAUUUCUAUGUGGAAGGACGAACAAUUAAAGAAGUUGCAACUGUUCCACCUGAUCAUUCAUCAUCAGCUGCAACUGAUCUAGUAUUGAAAGGUGAUUAUCUUCUUUCGGGUGAUGUUGAUGGUAUAAUACAAGUAUUUAAUAUAAAGCUGAAACAGAGCAAAUCAUUUAAUACAAAACGAAGUCCUAUUCGAAAAGUUCGUUUUGCACCUGGUAAAGGUAAUUAUCGUGCUUUUGUUUUAUUCAAUGAUGGUGUUGAUGUUUGGGAUAUACGAGAUAGGGAUCGUAUUAGUACAUUGAAAUAUCCGCGAGAUACCAUUCAAGUUAAUGAUGGUGAAUGGGCAAGUUCGGAUAAAAUUGUUUUAGCAUGUUCGGAUCAUUGUAUACGAAUAUAUGAAAUGAAUUUAGUUGAUUCUUCAAGUUCAAUGGAAUUUCAAACAAUUCAACAAACAACAUUAUCACCAUAUUUAAUGUCUGCACGUCAUGCUAAUUUAUUGAAACAUUUAUUAUGUACAAAUAAUGGUUCAUUAAGUGAUCUAAUGAAAAAAUGUGAGGACACAAACUUAAAUGGAUUACUUGAAAAAGAAAUUUCCAAAAUUGAUAAUGAAAUAAAAAAUUCUAUAACGAAUACAACUUCAACAAUUGAUCGAUGUUUAUUAGUUGCUAAUCUAUUUAAUGAUCCAUGGGAACAACGUUUUUGGCGUUUAACUAAAUAUUAUUUACAUGAAUAUGGUUCAUCAACUGAAAAUUCUACUCCUCCAGUACCACUUCUUCCAUCUUAUGAUUUACUUGUUGAUUUUAAAACAUUUGAACAAAUUCAUUUAGAACGAACAAUACGUCGUGAUAUUAAAAGUUCAACAUCAUCAUCAUUAACAUAUUGUAUUGAUUCUUAUAUUGCUCUUAAACAAACUGAUCGUGCUGUACAACUUUUACUUGAUUCCGAUCCAAAUGAUGAUACAUAUGCAUUAAAUUGUAUAAAAGCUUGUCUUAUAUCUACAAUGCAAAAACAAACAACUGAAACAUCUAAAAAUACUGUUACAAAAUUAGUUGCAACAAAUUUAAUUGCUAAUGGAAAAGUUGAUGAAGGUGUACAAUUAUUAUGUACAAUUGAUUUAUGUGCUGAAGCAUGUCGAUAUUUACAAGAUCAUAAUCAAUGGGAACGAUCAGUAUGGUUAGCAAAAUUACGUCUUAAAUCAAAUUCAACUGAAUAUAUUGAUGUUAUGAAACGAUGGUCAGAAUAUAUUCGUCAAUAUUCUCAAACAUCUAAAUUACAUUCAGCUUUAGUAUUAAUCUCUUGUGGACAGUUUCGUCGUGCGAUUGAAAUUUUACAUAAUCAAGGUGCAACUGAAUUAGCAAUACGUUUAUUUAUAUGUUGUAAACAAUUUGGUAUUGAUGAUGGUACAAUCGGACAGAAAUUAUUUGAUGAUUAUAUUGAUUUAAUGCAAUCAUUUGGUUUUGCAUCUAUUGCCAAUGAUUAUCGAACAACAGUAGUUGUAUAA